ACCCCCAGUUUAACACUUGGGAGAUUUUAAUAAUAACAGAUAUGCAAACAGAUGUGAAUAUAGGUUAGUAGGAGUGGUAUCCAGCAGCUCCCUCCCUUUCUCCGUCCAUCAGGAAGUUUCAGUUGUCGGCUGAGACUUGUACGGACUCUGGCGGGCGGUUGGACUCUCGUCCAGGCGGCAGAGAUGACUUGAGCGUCGGACCGCAGGAUAUUUUUCUUUUGCUCUCGCUUCAAUAUUUAUCACAGUAGUGUCCAAAAAACAAAAAAAAAUGCUCACAUGGAAAGCUUUAUUUAACACCAGCUCCGAGUUAGCGCUGAGCUGUGAGUGAAAAUUGCCUGAGGAAUCAUGGCAAACGUCAAAGUUGCCAUACGAGUCCGUCCUCUCAGCGCAAAGGAGAAUGCGGCUGGAGGAAGGCUAGCAGUUCAGGUGGAGGACAAGUUCGUGAGGAUCCGAAAUGUAAAGCUGGAUGAACGUACAGAUGGUGCUAUAGAUUCCAGGGAGAAGCUUCUGGAGUUUUGUUUUGACUACUGCUACUGGUCGGUGGACCCUGCAGACCCCCACUAUGCAUCACAGGAGGAGGUGUUCCAGGACCUGGGCAUGUUGGUGCUGUCCGGAUCUUCUGAGGGCUACAAUGUGUGUGUGUUUGCUUAUGGGCAAACGGGAUCUGGAAAGACGUACACCAUGAUGGGGACACCGGACAACAUUGGUUUGACCCCUAGAAUCUGUCAGGGGCUCUUUAGGUCUGAAGACGCUUUUCCUGAUGGGCAAAGUUCAAGCAGAGUCGAGAUCAGCUUCCUGGAGAUAUAUAAUGAACGUGUAAGAGACCUGCUGAGAGGAGGAGAGCAGAAGAAGAAAACCUCAUUAAAAGUCAGAGAACACCCUGAGAAAGGACCCUACGUACAAGACCUGUCUCAGCAUGUGGUCUCAGACUGCAAGCAGGCCAUGAGCCUUUUAGAGCAGGCCCUUGCCAACCGCAUGACAGCGGCAACCCACAACCACGAUGCCAGCAGCAGAUCCCACGCCAUCUUCACCAUCCAGUACACACAGGCAAACCUGGAAAAUAACCUUCCUUCAGAAACCGUCAGCAAGAUUAACCUGGUGGACUUGGCUGGGAGUGAGAGAGCAGAUCCCAACUACUGCAGGGAUAGACUGACAGAGGGCUCCAACAUCAACAAGUCUCUGGUCACUUUGGGCAUCGUCAUUUCUGCUCUUGCCCAGAACUCCCAGAUGUCCAGCAGCUGCCAAAGUAUAAACAGCAUGGCUUCAGAGGGCGAUGGUAGCAUGAUGGGUAGCCACAGCAGCUCGCUGUCUGGAGGAGGAGGAGGAGGAGGAGGGAGGAGGCACUGCUUCAUUCCCUACAGAGACUCGGUCCUAACUUGGCUGCUGAAAGACAGCCUGGGUGGCAACUCCAAGACUGUUAUGAUUGCAACGGUCUCACCUUUUGCUAACAGUUACAACGAGACUCUUAGCACGCUCCGCUACGCUGCCCAUGCCAGAAAUAUUGUCAACAAGCCUCGGGUUAAUGAGGAUGCCAAUGUUCGGCUGAUCAGGGAACUGAGGGAAGAGAUUGACAGACUGAAGAGCAUGCUGCUCAGCUUUGAGAUGCAACGUAAUCCCAGUCCAUCCCUGAGUGAUGAGAGAGAUGGAAAUCUUCCUGACAUUGUGCUACAGAAUGAACUAAAGGUGGAACAAUUGACGAAGGACUGGUCGGAAAGCUGGAGAGACAAGAAGGAGCAGCUGGGGCACUACAGUGUGGACAUCAACAGAGACCGGGCCGGCUUCUUCAUCAACUCACCCCAGCCACACCUGGUUACCCUCGACAGAGAUGUUCUCAGCACCGGAAUCGCCUUCUAUCACCUCAGAGAUCAGUUUGAUGAGCCACAAAUAGUUCUCCAGGGCAGUGCUAGCUGUGCGAUUGAAAAUCAUGGAGGUGUGGUAACGCUCAGGCCGCUGCCGGGCUGCAUCUGCCUGCUCAAUGACAGAGAGGUCACUGAGCCCUGCAGGCUGGCUCAAGGGAUGGUGAUCACCUUGGGAGGACUGCAUAAAUUCCGCUUUAACCAUCCAGCAGAGGCAGCUGCCCUCCGGGAACGCAGACGGACCAGUGAAGGCAGCAUGACCUGUACCUACAUUGACCUUUGCCCCUUGAACCCUGAUCGCAGUAUUGAAGAAGCAGAGCUCCAAGGACAGCCGAGUGCCUGUCUCUCCCCCAGUGAGGAGCCUACUAUUAGACAGCGUGUAGAGGAGCAGCAGCGCUACGUGGAGAGUUUGCGAGAGGAGAUCCAGGCUGCACAAAGGCGGGCUGAGAGGGAGCUGGAGAGGGAGCAGGCCCACCUUCGACAGCAGCACAACGAGAUCCAGCAGUGGAUUUUGCAGGAGAAACGGUGCCUGACAGUUCUAGAGCAGAGAGUCACCCAAGAGUGUGGAGUUCAAACAGAUUUUAUACCUGCAAACCGUCUGGAGCGACUGACAGUUCAGUCGUCUGAGGAUCAUGACUCUCUUAAAGUGGAUUGUCCCUCCCAGGUGGUAAGGGCCAGGAAGAAGGUGGUGCAGGAGGAGCUAUUGAAGCAUCAUGCCCUUUGUUGUACUGAAAGCCGCAUCCGUCGGAAAAGGCUACACUACCAACUGGAGAGAAUAGGCCGCAAGCAGCAUCUGUUGGAAGCUGAAAAGGAGUUAAAGCGGCUGGAAAAGGAGCUGCCUCCAGGACCAGACAGCACUGAUUCUCCUGAGCUGGGGUCCUCCUUGAAGCACAGAGGACAGCCACCUGUUUUUCGAAGACACUCGUUUUCAGCAGAUAUUCUGUCACGACUCUACCCGCAGCACACCUCUAUCUUCAGACAUUUCCUGAAGAGAAACAGAUCCACAGAACUGACUUUAAGUUCCUCCAAAGCGUCUGAUUCUGUUGGCAGCAGGAAGUGGGUUUCGGAUGAGUGUCUUCCUCGGGAAAGGGCACAAAGUUGUUCUGGGACCAUCUUAGGGCAAAGUCAGUCCUGUCACAGUAGAGUAAGCUCUUCUGAAAACAUUAGACAGACUUUCAGAGAAAAGCCACAAGCUCAGCCCUGUCGGGAACGGCCAGAAAGGAAACCCCUGCUGCCAAACCGAGAUCUGUCUUUUAAAAACAGAUCUGAUCCGAAUUCAACAGUUACUCUCAAGUCACUACUUGAAACUACUGUGCAGCAGGUCAGCAAAGAAAAUAUACAAGGAUCCACAACAGACGAACCCAGUUCGCAGAUUGUCCCUUGUACAAACGUGACAACCCCAUCACCCACAAAUAACAGCAGGCUGCAAACCAUAAGGAAAACGUUCUCUCGUUCUGUGGGGCCCAGGUUAAAAACAGCUCUUUCUAAAGUCUUCAGAAUACCACCCUCAGGUGUGAAUGCAGGACAAGACCCCAAAUCUCUGGGUAAGAAAGCAAGCAAAUUUCACUGGAGACAAAAAAGAGACAGGAGCCUAAAAGAUACCAGUAUAAGCCGAAGCAAAUGUGUCCUUAAAACAGCUGUCUCAUGUGAGGCGCUUGAGCAAAGAACUUUGUUUGAGGACUUAAGACAGAGGCCGUGGCAUAGUACCGAGGCUCUGAUGAACAAGAUGAGCAGGUGGGUCGAGAGGCAGCAGGGAUUAUUUGAAUGGAAGGAGGAGAGGGAUGACGAAACGUCAGACUGUGAGAGCCUGUUCUCUCUUGAUUCCCUGUCCUCCGCUUAUGCAACAGCUCUAGCAGAGCAACUGAGACAUGAGGAAGCAGCUCAGAGUGAAGCAGAAAGCGAAGACAGUCAGAUGUCUAAAGAUUCCUUGGCAAUGGAGAGCAGUGGGAAAUACUCUACAGUGAAGAGGCUGAGCCGCACAAUUGUGCCAACUUACUCGCUGGUAACAGAUUGCUUUCGUUCAUCCAUGGUACAGAACAGGACAGCAGAGAGUAGUGUGGAAUGGGGCACCUGUCAGAAAACUCAGGUAAUCCCAGUAGAGGCAUUCUGGAGCCAGCAAGGCUCCCCAAAGUUGGGACAUAAAGGGAAAAUUGGAGUAACGAGGAGUCUGUUGUCUCAAAGCCCAUUAGUAACAGAUUCCACAGGCAAAGACACUGUGCACAAAUUGAUUGAGGACUUUGGGAACAUGCAGACCACUUCAUCUAGCAGCCCACACUCCCUAAGCAGCUGCAGUGUGAGGGAGCCAGAAAACCUGGUGGCACUCACUGAUCCCUGGUCUUCUGCUGAUGCAGCAGACAGUCCAAGGAUUCACAGGGAUUCCCUACCUUUCCAAAGUCAAAUGUCAUUCAGAGAUGUGAGAGAUGUGGAGAACAGCAGCAGUAGUGCCAGUCCGACCAGUAUGAGCCUGUCAAACUCUGAGAGCAGAUACAGAAGCUGUAGCUUGUCUACCAGCACUGAGGUUGCAGAUGUAACAGUGCAGGAAAACAGGCUUGAGGUUUCAGGGGAAUCUCGGAGUUUAACACCAGAAGAUGUAGAGCAGUUAGACCAAUGGUCAGAGCAUAUGGAAAAGAUGGUUACAGAUACUCCAAAUUACAGCAGCAGCAACAAUUCUGCAUUCUUAUCUACUGCAGAUCAGGCCACUUCUGUGUCACCCACUGGGAUUCACCAAACUGCACAAGCAACAUCAAAUUUUCUUCCAGUGCUUACAGAUGCACCUGAUAUGGUAGCUGAUGACAUUUCUAUAUCCUCUGACAGUGAAAUGUGCACCUCAGGCUGUCAGUCACUAAUGCAUUUCUCUACAAAUCCUACUAAUCAAGAUCAAGCAUUACAGGCAAUAUCUGACACUGAGCAUGAUGUACUGUGCAAUCUAGAUAGUGCAACAGAAAAGUUGAAAGAUGUACAGCAGUAUCAUUUUGGGAAUACCAAAGAUGCAUCACUUAAAGGGGAUGAAACGAAAGAUGCUGGGAAGUACACUGCACCACAUCAGGAGUGUAUUAAAUCUGCUUGUAAAAGUUCCAGGAAGAGGAACAAAGACCAGGAUGCUUUCAUGGGCAGCCUGAAAAUUCCAAAAAGGAGAGAGCAGGCAACUUUCAGCUCGACACCAGUUGGCAGCCAAGAAGAUGUUUGGCUAGAUUGCUAUAACAACAUCAGUGACACUAAAGGGGAGAAAUCUGCUAUGGAAACUGACAGCCACGGAUUUGAUCCUGCUUGUGCUGAAGGUAGUGUUAGCCAAGACAUAUCGACUUCAGUGGCAUUGUCCGCUUCUGAUCACAUGAGCAGGAAACUUGGACAAGUCUUUAAGGAUUUGGAAUGUGGUGACAAACGUUUUCAGAAUGGUGCCUCUGUGGGAGAUAAAGUAUUUGAAAAGGGAGAUGUGUUUGCAGAAACAAAAGGGGGAGAAUUCCACAGUGAUUGCUACAGAAAACAUCAAGAAAACACAAAACACAUAUGCAAGUCAGAUGCUAUUUGUAGUGCCAUUGACAUGAGAAUCUCUGAAGUGGUGAAAGAACACAUGAGUUUGUCAGUGUUUGACAGUGAUGGUGGCAGGAAGGAGAGCAGUCAAAGCCUGAAUGCCUUAGCAUCAUGUACAGUUCAUUUUGGCUGUAAUGGUCAUGAAAAUAGAUGGACAAAGAAACUGCAGAGAGAUGAAGGGACAAACCUCAGUGGACAUGAUACAGUGGAAAUGAAAGAUGAAAGUGUGCACCCGGCAUCACGUAUGCCACCUGAAUUGAGGACUAACCAUGAGAGCAAUAUCCUUACAUUUGCUGAAGGAACACUGGAGAGUGCCCAGGCUCAUAACUUUUCUGAUGGGACCUACAACAAGCCAAUGAAUAAUUGUCUUUUCCUAAACUCCUCUUUCAAAAACAUCACAUUAAAACAUAGCCAGGUGGAAUCUAAGGACAACAGCAACUCCACUUUGCAACCAGUUAGUUUGUCCUCAAUGCCUGACACCUCUUCAACAGAGAAAUAUGUCGGUUCUCAAGGAAAUGCUGUGGAGAACAAUGCUCUGUCUCAAGAAAUGAGUGACAUGACUUUUCAUCUUUAUUCUACCAUCAGUGAUAUGUGCUCAGUGAAGAGCCAAACAUGUUCUGAUGCUCCUGGCAUGGAUCCCGAUAGCCCACAACUUCAUCAUAUUCCCUAUGAAACACCUUCCAGCCUGGUUGAUAUGAAGGUAAACUGUGAAUUUAACCAUGUAAAGGUUGUCGGUGUGGAAUCUGCAUACGGGGUGGAAGAUGAACAAAACUCACUGAGGAUGAUUGAACAUUUCCAGAGUAGUUCUGACACACCUGGAACCAUGAAAUUAUUACCUGACACAGAGCCUUUAACAGCACUCAGUCAUCACAGCAACCAGAAUGCAACUACUGAUGUGAAUGCCUCUAUGAAUGGGUUUUCUAUUACUCCUGUCCAUGAUGGAAAUGUUGAAAUAGACAAUACACCAGGAGAUAAACCUUCUGUCACUGCACAGGACCAGUUCAGCUGUCCACAAACCCAUUCAGAUAACUUGGCUAAGACCUUUGUGGUAAACAUGAAUUACAACAACAAAUGCCAGAAUUUAUCUAAUUCACACAACUUCGAUAAAGAUUCUCAAACUGGCAGCAAAGGAAACAGUGUAAUAAAAAUGGACACAUUGACCUACCAGUCUGAAGCACGGGUUUCAAAGAUUUUUGCAAAUGAGUCCAAAUGUGAAGCAAGUAUUUCUGGUUUUAUGCAGCUGCAACACAAAAUGCCACAGGAAAAUUGUGUUGGAAAUACAAGUUGCCAUGGAUGUGUCAUUUCCAGAGAGAGUGACAUAAACACAUCUGGUAAUAAAUGGGCUAAUGUUGCUCUUAUGCCUAAAAAGACCAAGUCUAAGAGGUUCAGAAGGUCUAAGAGCCAGACUCAUCCUGCUUCUUUCUCUGAGUCCUCUCUUAAGUCAUCAGAUGAGGAUGAGGAAGAUGACAACACCUCCAGAGUGCAUCACAGCAGACUGUCUUUUAAAUGGCUAAAGCUCGGCACUCUGAGUAAUGGCAGACAACAAGUAAGACAGGUUACUAAUAAUGACACAGAUAUUUCUACUUUGGAGCCAGAGAGUAAAUCUACAAUAAAGACUCAUUCUCAUGGUGCUCAAGGAAAACCUGGGGUAAAACUAAGUAGGGAUUGCAUCCAAAAAAGACCCUCUUUACCCCCUCACGCACUGUCACAAAAGACAAAUGUAGAAGAAGUCCACUCGUAUGCAAAGAAAGGUGAACCACAACAUUCACUGAAGUCUCAGGGAUCUGCUAUGCAUUUUGCCUCUAGUGACAUCAACCCUUUUGUUCACCAGUGGCAAGGCAAUGACUCAAACCAACAUUGUUGUAGGAACCCCACAUUCGGGAGUGCUGCUGACCUAUCCUGCAAAUCUCCGCUUUUAAACAGUGCUGAAAAACAUAUAACAAGAUGCUGCAGUGUCGACAAUGGUUUGAAUGGGCAGAACUCUCCUUUCACUUCCCAUCUGAGCACUUAUGUCACCAGCAAAGGGCUCUCUAGUACACUUAGCAGUAUGGAGGAUUAUAAGGAACAAGAGACUAAACCAGCGCAGCUUGCAGCCUGUCAGCAGGCCUCCGUUGAUGAUAGUGAUCGCCUAGCCAAUCUGAUGGUCAACUGCAGUUCUUCCAGUAAUGAUGUUCCUGGUAGUUUUGGUAACAGCUGCAGUCAUGUGGAUAAACUCAUGUUUGUUUCCUCAUCUGAGCAAGAGUCCCAGGAGAACAAAAUGCCGGCACCGAGGAGGACGACGACAUGUGAACACAGCACUCAAACUGAGCGUGGGCUUUCAAUAGUAAAUACGAGUAACUGCAGUAAGAGGAAAGAUCGUCACAAAAGGAGUUGCACUGAUGUACCUGCAACACAGAAAGCUAAAGUGGACAUUAAAGAAUCUCCUACAUGGGCCAGCAUGGAAAGCAUGUCGGUUCACCUCUCCAAGCUCAUUGACAACACGUCAGACCUGCUGGGGGACGUCCAAGGAAUGAGAACAGGUGGAGUUCGCAGGUCCAGUUCGAGGAGGAGUGUCAACUUGUCAAAUAUUAGCAUCUCUUAUAGUGAGUCUGUUGACUGCACCAAGAGAGAGUGCUCAACGCAAACCGCAGUAGAUGUUGGGAUCCAGACCGAAAGGCCAGCAGAGGAGGAAGUUGCUGUUCAUCAAACAUCCAAGGAAAUGUCGAGACUUCAUGAAGUCAAUGUGAUAGUUAAAGUGAUUGGCUGUGAGGGUGUCAGUGUAUCACAAGACAAGGAUGUGCAUUGUGUGGCGAAAACUAGAGCAAACGCAGAUAAAAAGAUGCAUAGCAUGCCUGACUUAAGUUUUAAUACCUUUGCUGCACUGCAGUCAGAGGCUGUCCCUUUGAAAAUACCUCGUGUGAAGACUGCAGCUGAAUGUCAAAGACGUGUAAAAUCCGCUCCUUCUAGAGACUCAAAGCAAAGCUUGCUGGAAGCACCAUGUCACAGAAGUGUCGCAGUCUCUGAAAUCAUUCGCAGGUCAUCAAGAAGCUGCUACCAAGUAAAUUGUAGCCCGUCUACAGGAAAUGAUCCACCGUGUUCAAAAAAACAGGCUAAAUACACAGACUGUGCAUCAUCUCCCAUAUUGACCGUGGGAGCCAAAUUACACCCAAAGCAUAAAGAUAAACAGACAACACUAUGUCUUCCAAAAUAUAAAGAUGGAAAGACAAACCAUCCUACUGAGGAACACAGCCUUACUGUGUCUUCUAGAAAACAGUCAGAUUGCACAUCUGUUUCAGAUGAAGCUCCCAGACCAGAUUGUGAUGUUUCCUCUGCGAAAUCAGAAUAUGUAUCACUUGAGAUAGUGAGUGAAAUGAGUUGUUUCAGUCCUAAUGGAUCUGAGAAAUGCUCUACAAGCCUUAGCUCAUCACUGGAUAAAUAUACAGACACUGACAGGAGAAAUGUUACCUGUAAAGACAAGGACACCCACCAGCCAAGUUCACAAUGGCAGAUGAGCUCUCCACAGGUGAGGACUUCUACCAAAGGUUUAACUUUGCACAACCAUGUCUCUCCUAUAUUAAGACCACCUGAUGUACAUGCACAGCAGGGUAAAGCUAGACAUGGAGAACCAGCACGUGAUUCUGUGGACUUUUGCACUGAUUCAUACAACUCCUCCCCAGUCAGUAGCAAGACUGUUCAACUUCAAGAGGAUGACACAGUGUCACUGGUGCCCAGUGAGUGCAACACAGACAUCCUUGUGAACAUUAAACCUGUCACCAGCGUGUCCCCAUGUCAUGACCACCGGAUAGUCCCAGAAGACCUUCCAAUGCACAAUAAGUUCACCAACUGGUCAGGCAUCAACCAUCAGCGAUCAAAACCCUCUAACAAGCUGACCUCAUUUCAUAACAAUGACCUUAGUAAGAGCAAAAGCUGUGCUGAGUGGGGUGAAAUGGAAAGUUGUGGCUCCAAUAUGGAGUCUGUGGCACAAAGCGGCAAAAGGACGAGAGAGAUAGAGAGGCUGCGACAGGAGAGAGAGCAGGUGAUGGCAACAGUCAAUCUCAAUAUGAACCCUACGCCACUGACUGUGGAGCUGACGGAGGCCAAGCUACAUUACGGACUGGGUGAGACGGAUACAUUGUUGAAGAUGCUGUCACACACAUCCAGAGAAGAACCAGAGCCACUGACCUCUGCUCCUACCAAACAGCAGCUGUAUGAUCGACACCGCAGGAGUAUUGAGGGUUUGAAGCAGGAGAGGGAAGCUCAUCUCCAGACCUUUCGGAGAGCUCGUAGUCUGAGUCCCAGCAAACAUCCUCACUGCUGUCCUCAAGAGGCUGUUUCCUCCUCCAAAGUAUCUGCUGCCAUGCCCAGCCGGCGUAAAGAGUACCUGAAACAGCUCCGCCAGGAGGUCAUAGACAGCACCAGAGUACCAGAUCCUCCAAGAGGAGAGGGCAAGUAUCCGUCUGACAUUGAGCAGCUGUUGCGUGACUAUGGCAGAGCUCGAGAAGAAGCUAGGACAGAGAUUGCAAAAGCACGAGAACGACUGCGAGAGAGGACGGAGCAGGAGAAGAGGAGGCUUCAGCUGCAGACCCUGUCUCAAGAAGAUGACCUGAGGCAUCGGGCAAGAAUCAGCAACAGCACCUUAUGCACUGGAUCCAGCCUGAGUCUCUCUUCUGGACCUACAUCAGGAUACAACAGUGGCAACACUGUCCAGCUACAACACGGCAAUAGACCAGUGGUGACUGGACAGACUUCAGGGUUUCAGGGUGAAGGGCUGCAGAUCGGGACACGUCCUCCUAUAUGUGGUCCUCCAAGUGUGAAGACGCAGAGAGUCUGGUUGUCUGCCCAGGAUGUCCACCAUGAGCCUCCUGUCACCGGGUUUGAACCCCUGAUGACUUCAUCUCCGUCUUCCCCCACUUGUCCACGCCAACGCACCACUUCCUUUGGCUCCACCUCCUCCAUAUCCACAACCUAUCAGGACAUCACAUCCACUCUCCUCAGGCGAGCUCUAGCUGAGGUACAACUGGCUUCCUCCGGAGAUUUGAGCAAUCUGGUGAUGGGCAAGGCCACAGCAGGUUGGAGAUACCAAGGAGAAGAACGAGGUAUCCAGGCUUACUACAAGCCAUCAUCUGGCCCAUCGGCCCACUGCUUCCUGGGGGCAGGGCAGCUGGACAGACCCCUGGACACCCUGUGGAGCGUCAUCUCACAGCUGUCCAAAAGCCAUAUGUAUAAUCAGUCUGUCCUUUCUGUCUGGACACGACCACUAGAUGACAGCGCUCAGCUUGUCUACAUAUUAACAGAUCCAUCCACCUGUCACCUCAGUCAGCCACGGGACUUCUGCUGCAUUAGCACAGAGUCCAAGCAGGGUGGCCUGUGUGUGCUGGCAAUGCAGUCAGUGUUCGAGGAGUCUCUGCCUCGUCCCAGUUUGGAUGCCGUGCGGGGGGAAAUGAUGCCCAGUUGUUGGGUCCUGCAACCAAUUAGACACAGUGGAAAAGAUGUCACCAGGGUCACCUACCUGCUGCAGGUGGACCUAGGGACUCCAUCUUUCUCUCACCGACUCUUGAGCGCUGUUGCCAGAAGACAAGCAGCUGUCAUCGCUGACCUUGACACUUUCCUGGCUUCAUAAAUCCGCCGGACACGUGAAGACACAUUAAGCCAUGAGCACUUAGACUGAACUCUCUCUGAUGUGGAGUUAGUCUCUCUUUUGAAUUUGCACCUGAAAUUUAUUUACUUGACUUUUUUUUUAUUUCAUGAACACUGUUAUAUUCGUUUCCAGUUACAUGGUUGAAGCAGGUUUUUUUGUAUGAAGGUAUUUUUUUUAAUUAAAUAUUUAAACUGUAUUUUUAUACUUGUACAUGAAUGCUUUUAACAAUCUUAAGCCUAUUUUACCAAAGAUUUCAUAGACAUCUAUGGAAAUGUUAAAGGGAAAGUUUUGCAUGACACGUUUAGUCAGUUUAUCCAUAGCCAUAAAGUUUCCCACCUAGUCUGUGCA